AUGCAAGAGCAAUACAACAUCCCCAACGACCGCAUCUUUUACAGUCGCAACCUCUUCUUCGGCCGGCAGAUCAUGCAGGUAACCCAGGGCCGCGGGGUCGACGUGGUCUUGAACUCGUUGUUGGGCGAGGCGCUCGCUGAAUCUCUACGCAUCCUCGCGCCGCUAGGACGCUUCGUAGAGAUCGAAAAGCGAGACAUCCACACGUUCCAGAACCUCCCCAUGCAGCCAUUUGUCAGGAACGUGUCAUACCACGCAGUUAAUACCAAGUCAGUCGAACAUUACAACCCAGCCCAUAUGUGUGAGCUUGUGCUCGAGCUGGUCGAUAUGCUCGACGCCGGCACCUUCCGACCCCCACGGCCCACAGGGCGGCACAUAGGCAAGGCCGUUGUCGACUGGGAGACUGAGGUAGAGAUUCCCGUGGUACCAAGUCCCGAGCCGGCGUUCAUUUUCGAUGCGAACGCUAGCUACGUAAUCGCUGGCGGCUUGGGUGGUAUCGGUAGGAGUCUUGCCGCGUGGUUUAGCCGCCGCGGCGCGAAUGUUGCUACGCCCCGGUGCGACGUGAGCGAUGCUAAUUCUCUAAGGGCUGUAAUUGAUUAUGCCACCAAGACACUGCCUCCUGUCAAAGGAUAUAUUCAGACCUCCAUGGUCUUGAAGGAUCGGGUGUUCCAAAAUAUGACGCUGGAUGAAUGGCAAACUGUGCUUGAUCUUAAGAUUAACGGGACGUGGAACUUACACCGCAUCCUCCCUAAGAAAAUGGACUUUUUCGUCAUCCUCUCCUCCACUGGCGGAAUGGAUGCAUUCGCCCGGCACCGCUGGUCCUUGGGCGAGAGGUGCGUCUCGGUCGACGUUGGUGUCAUUAAGGACGUUGGCUACGUGGCCGAGCACAGCGACAUCGCCAAGCACUGGGACGAAACCAAGAUUCAGGUUCUCGCUGAGAAGGACCUGCUCGCAGUCAUUGACUAG